AGUCUACGUUCCUUGUUUCCGCGCUCCGUCACGCUGGUGGUCCCAAACAAGCGUCGAUAUUUCCCGCGUAAUUUCGAAUGUUUAGUGUUCGAAUUUUUUAAAAAUAAAUUCCUUUUAAAUUUUAUCUCCAGUAGAAGUAGAAAACGUAAAAAACGUGUAAUCAAUAAUAUGUUGUUUAAAUAAAUAAUUAAUUAAGUGACAUGGAGAGGAAAAGGAGUCGUCGCGCAUCGCUGACGGCCGAACAGCGGCGUCGGCUGAGCAUGCUCAGGACGUCCAGCAUCCCGCAGCCGCUGUCUCCGGUGAGCCACAUUUACCAUAUGGUUCCCUGCCCGAGAAACUGCUGUCAUCAGAAAUACGUCGUCAGUACUGACCGCAGUGGGGACAUACAUGUUCAUGUUCAAGGAGACUUGAGCCAGCAGGACAGGAGGUGCGUCUUUCUCACAGUCCACGACCUAGGGACCAACCACACGUCGAUGGUGGACUUUGUGAACAGUCCCGCAAUGUCGGAGAUUAAGGAGCGCUCGUGUUUCAUACACGUGGACGUGCCCGGACACGAGGAGAACUCACCGGAUCUGCCAGAGUCCUACCCGUUCCCGUCGCUGCAGACGCUGGGCGAGGACGUGACUACGGUGCUGGACUUCCUGCAAGUGCAGUAUGCGGUGGGACUGGGUGAGGGCGCGGGCGCCAACGUGCUGGCGCGCUGUGGACUCGCGCAUCCGCGCCGGCUGCUGGGCUUGAUCCUGGUCAACUGCACCGGCUCCACGUCCUCGGUCCGAGACGCCUUCCGCUCUCGCUUCUCGAGGUGGCGCGGCACUGACAUCUCCCACUCCGAGGAGGAGUUCCUCAUCUAUCAUAAGUUCGGACACCAAAUCUCAAGCGACUCCUGCGAAGUGACGGAACGCGAUCGCAUGCUCACCGAGUACCGCUCGCGGCUUCGCGGCAACCUCAACACGCACAACAUCAAGCAGUACGUCAGAGCGUUUAUCAACCGUAAGGACUUGAUUCUUCGCGGCUGCCAGCCCGACAUCUUGCUGAUCACGGGUACAUUGAGCCCCUACGCCGGCGUGAUAGAGAAGAUGUAUAAGGAACUCGACAAGGAUAAGGUCACCAUUCUCAAGAUUGACAAAGUUGGCGACGUGCUUGCUGAAGCUCCGGCGAAGGUGGCGCAGUCGCUGCUGCUGUUCUGCCAGGGCCAGGGCCGGCUGACGUCACUGCCUCCCCCGGGCGUGGAGCGGCGCAUGUCGCGCGGCAUGUCCAUGGAGGAGUACGACCGCCCCAACAUACGUCGCCUCUCCCUAACACCCGCGACUGACACCAGGCCACACCACACAUCUUCCCAGCGAGAGUAGAUAUUCACUCCUUCUCGACAUUUCGUCUGAGUCUUUGCUUUUAAAAAGCAGAGGCACGUGUUUGUUAGCUAAGUCAAACGCGCGUUUCACCAUCUUUGGCUGCUUCACAACUUACUGUCAGGUGGUAUAAUAGUCCUGCACAGGCAAGUUAUAGUUUAAAUGUAUUGUACAAAUGCUCAUAUCACUCAUUGUGUAUUGUUAUUUUUUUAUUUAAUAUCAAGAUAUUCCAGUAAUAGUGCAAUACCAGUUUUAUAGGGAAGUUAAAUUAUCACUGAGUGGAUUGUAUUUUUUAUAAUAUCUUUGUUACCACUAGCUUUAUUAUUCAUGAAAACUGUGAAAACUUUGAAUUUAAUUCUAAAAAUCCUAGCUGCCGCUUCUAAAAACCCACAGAAAAUCUGAAAGAAAAACAUUAAUUUUAUUUCUUUUGAGAUAUAGUUAAUGUUCUCAAAAGAGAUAUAAUUAAUGUUUUUCUAAGUUAUUUGUUUUUAUAUUUUUAUUUGAAUACUGAAUCUAAAAUUAUUUAUAUUUUUAUAUAAGAUUAAAAGGUAAAAACUAAAAUUAUAAUAUCUUUAUUCUCUACCAGUGAAUGGAUAUACUAGCGUUGGGACAUACACUACAAGUUUAUAAAUAAACUGUCAUCUUUGACAGCACAAACAUCAAGCUGUCUUAUUUGUAUUUUUAUCUUACUACAUAAUAUAUUCUUUCCGAAAUACCAAAGAUUUCCUUUUGUAUUUAUAUAAAAUUAAGUAAUUACUUGUAUAAAUUAUUAUAAAAUUAGGCAUGUACGGAUACCAUUAUUAAUUCGUAGAGAUAUUUUAAACGUAUAAUAUUAUAAUAUUAUACGAUAGAAAUGCUCACUUUGUAAAAUGAUUUAAUUCAUACCCACGGGUAAGAACAUUGAAGUAAUAUGUAAUAGGUACUAGAAGAGAAGCCGCGACUUGGUCGUUUGCAACACGUGUUAGAGCUCAUGGCACAGAUUAAAUAUGUUACAACGUAACCAAUGGGCUCAAACUUACUUAGUCUAUGCUAUAAUAUAAAGUUAUCUGUGCUUCCGAACACGAGCUCCGCACUGCCGCGAAUAAUUUCUAGUACGUACCUAGUACAAAUAUUAUUUCGAUGUGUAUGAAUGCCAUAGCUGGAGCGGAAGGGCAACUGCUGCUGCUAUGUUAUUUACAUUUUAAUGUCUACACAUGUGAAUGUUAACUAUUAGUACAAACUUACUUUUGUUAGCGAAACGGUUUAUUGUAAAUAAAAAUGGAAUUAU